CAAAUAUAAUAAAUGGGGACUUUACAAAACAUUUACUAACACAAAGGAUUUGCUUUUGUAAAUUCUGUAUACUUGUCUGCACUCUUUCGUUUCUGCAGAUUCCAGGAUUUGGGCGUGAAAUGCUCCGAUGCUUCUUUAGCAGCUUGUUUUCUUAUCAGAGACUUGAGGAAGGGUUUAUUCUUCGCCGUUUAUGUUUGCAGUGAAUCCACUGAUCCGAAAAGAACGGUUAUGUGCGAGCUUCGGAGAAUCUCUUGUGGGAUCGAACCGUCGGCUAGAGAUCUUGAAACAGAUCACUGACGCGAAAUCAAUUGCGUUCUAAUGGAACCUCACACUAUUGCAGAAUCUGCUGCGAGCUCUGAUGCAACUGCGUCUCAUUCGCCGAGUGUAUCUGUUCUUUUAGAUGCUCUUGAGCAGUCUGCAUCUACACCCAGGAUCGCAAAUGGCCUUUCACAGCGACUGUUACGCUUGCUACAGCUUUCACAUGAGAAUAUAAUUUCUUUUAAGGCAUUGAAUGGAGCUUGUCGUGUGCUCAGAUUGGCUUGCACACAAGCCAGGGAAAGUAGAAAGUCUGUGUGUGUUGCGCCUUUAGUAGAAAGUACUGACAGUGGAGUUAUAGUGGAUUCACCUCAUAAGAAGUCUGAUUCAAAUACUACAGAGGAUUGUUGUUUUGAAUGCGUGGAAACAUGCAUUGGGGUUUUCACAGAGUUUUUCUCAUCAACGGAUGAUGCAAAAGUAUAUGUUUUACGAAGCUCCGUUUGUGUUGAUUGUCUUUUUGAGCUAUUUUGGGAAAAAGCCGUAAGGAACAAUGUGAUGAAACACAUAAUUGAUCUGAUGAAGAUCAGGCCUCUGUGUGAGGAAGACAAAAGUGCAAAAUUACAAGUGUGUUCCAAAUACCUAGAAACUUUCACUCAAGUGAAGGAAAGAGAAAAUGACUUUGUUGACUUAUCUGUUGAUCUAUUGGCGGGUAUGAGGGAUUUGAUCAAGACUGACUCAAGGUACUACCAAGCCCUAUUCCGUGACGGGGAGUGUUUCUUACACAUUGUCUCUCUCUUAAAUGGUAAUCUCGAUGAAGCAAAUGGAGAGAAGUUGGUUUUAAAUGUCCUCCAAACUCUAACUUCACUGCUUGCAAAUAAUGAUGCCUCAAAGUUUGCCUUUAAAGCCCUUGCUGGCAAGGGUUACCAGACACUGCAAAGCUUAUUGUUGGAUUUCUUCCAAUGGCAACCUACCCAAAGGCUCCUAGACGCACUACUUGAUAUGCUUGUUGAUGGAAAAUUUGAUGAUAAAGGCAGUGCUCUUAUAAAGAAUGAAGAUGUUAUCAUACUUUACUUAAAUGUACUUCAGAAGAGCAGCGAGUCUUUGCAGUGUUAUGGGCUAAAUUUGUUUCAGCAACUACUUAGGGAUUCCAUAUCAAAUCGUGCUUCAUGUGUUCGGGCAGGAAUGCUUAACCUUCUUCUCGAUUGGUUUUCUCUGGAAGAUGCUGAGAGUGUUAUCGUGAAAAUAACACAGCUAACUCGGACAAUUGGUGGCCACAGUAUAUCUGGGAAGGAUAUGCGGAAGAUCUUUGCCCUUCUUCGGAGUGAAAGAGUGGGUAAUCAUCAGAGAUACCGCUCACUGUUAUUGGCUUCUUUGUUGUCAAUGCUGAAUGAGAAAGGACCAACAGGCUUUUUUGACAUGAACGGAGUUGAUUCUGGCAUUGUUAUCAGAACACCUGCUCAGUGGCCUGUGAAUAAGGGCUUUUCCUUUUGCUGUUGGCUUAGAGUGGAGAGCUUUCGCGGAGAUGGGAAAAUGGGUAUCUUCAGUUUUAUGUCAAAAAAUGGGAAGGGCUGCUUUGCUGCUAUUGGGAACGAUGGAUUGUCUUAUGUUUCACUGAAUCUGAAACGGCAAUGUGUAAAUGUGCACGCCAAUUUGGUCAGUAAGAAGUGGCAUUUUAUAUGUGUUUCCCAUAGUAUUGGAAGGGCGUUCUGGGGUGGUAGCCUCUUGAGGUGUUAUGUUGAUGGGGAGCUUGUGUCAUCUGAAAGAUGCAGCUAUCCGAAAGUUACUGAUGUACUUACCAGUUGCUUCAUUGGUACAAGUAUUACGUUGCCACAUAUCCAAGAUAACGAAGGCCUGGAGUCCAUCCGAGAUGUGUUCCCAUUUUUUGGCCAGAUCGGUCCCAUUUACUUGUUUAAUGAUGCUUUGUCUCCCGAGCAAGUUCAGGCCAUUUAUUCGCUAGGACCAAGCUAUAUGUAUGCAUUCUUGGAGAAUGAGAUGACUGGUCCCUUUUCUGAUAAUCCAUUUCCUAGUGGUAUUCUUGAUGGAAAAGAUGGGCUUGCAUCCAAGGUUUCCUUUGGACUUAAUGCACAGGCAAGCGAUGGUAGGAGAUUGUUUAAUGUGUCUCGGGUAUCAGAUCAUUUACAAGAUAGGCUCACUUUUGAGGCUGAUAUCAUGGUUGGUACUCAGCUAUGCUCGCGACGCUUGCUCCAGCAGAUAAUUUACUGUGUCGGAGGAAUAUCGGUUUUCUUUCCUUUGAUUACACAAUCUGAUAGUUGUGAAUGUGAAGCACUUCAAGAAAAAACUUCAGCUAUGUCUGCGUCAAAAGAGCGUAUGACAGCAGAAGUUAUUGAACUUAUUGCUUCUGUCUUGGAUGAAAAUCCAGGAAAUCAGCAACAGAUGCAUCUUCUCUCUGGAUUCCCCAUACUAGGAUUUUUGUUACAGUCUAUUCAACCGAAGCAACUCAAUCUAGAGACACUUUCAUCCUUGAAACACCUAUUCAAUGUUAUUUCAAGCUCUGGGUUUGCUGAGCAGCUUGUGGAGGAUGCUAUAUCUAGCAUUUUCCUUAAUCCUCACAUUUGGCUCCAUGCGGCUUAUAAUGUGCAGCGUGAACUUUACAUGUUUCUCAUCCAACAGCUAGAUAAUGAUCCACGACUUUUGGGAAGCCUUUGUCGGCUCCCAAGAGUUAUUGACAUAGUAUGGAACUUUUAUUGGGAAUCUGAAAGAUACCGUUCUGCUAAAGGAAGCAAGCCUCUUAUGGAUCCAGCAAGAACUGUUGCAGAACGACCAAGCAGAGAUGAAAUCCAUAAAAUUCGUCUCCUUUUGCUGAGCCUAGGUGAAAUGAGUCUGAGGCAUGUCAUCCACUUUUUAUUCAAAAAUUCCCUCCGUCUUUUCAGGCAGAAUAUCACAACAGGGGACGUAAAAGCUUUGAUAGCAUUUUUUGAGACAUGCCAGGAUGUAGCAUGUAUUGAAGAUGUUCUGCAUAUGGUUAUCCGUGCCAUUUCUCAAACAUCAGUCCUUGCCUCUUUUCUUGAACAAGUCAAUCUUAUCGGUGGAUGUCACAUUUUUGUCAAUCUUCUUCAGAGGGAUUACGAGCCUAUAAGGUUACUCAGCUUGCAGUUCCUUGGAAGGCUUCUUUAUGAUGUACCUUCAGAGAAAAAAGGACCUAGGUUUUUCAAUCUUGCUGUUGGAAGAGCCAAAUUUCUGUCACCAGGGCAUAAGAAAAUUGGUGGUAGAACGCACCCAAUUUUUUCCGCUAUGUCUGAUAGAUUGUUCCAAUAUCCUCAGACAUAUAGCUUGCGUGCAACCUUGUUCGAUGUUCUUCUUGGUGGUGCCAGCCCCAAACAGGUUUUGCAGAAAUACAACCAGGUUGAUAAGCAGAGAAACAAAACAAGCAACUCUCAAUUCUUUCUUCCACAAAUAUUUGUUUUUAUUUUCAAAUUCUUGUCUGGCUGCGGGGAUGGAUUAGCACGAAUGAAAAUAAUUAGUGACAUACUGGAUCUUCUUGAUUCAAAUUCUAUGAAUGUUGAAGCUUUGAUGGAAUUUGGAUGGGGUGCAUGGCUAUCAGCGUCAGUGAAUCUUGAUGUGAUAAAGGACUACAGAUCCGAGUUGCUUAUUCAUGAUGACCUGGCAUUAAAUGAACAACAUUUUGUCAGGGGCCUCUUCUGUGUUGUUCUCUGCCACUAUAUCGUAUCUGUGAAGGGGGGUUGGCAGCAGCUGGAGGAAACUGUAAAUUUCAUACUCUUGCAGAGUGAGCACAAUGAUGCCCCAUACCGGUCUUUUCUCCGUGAUCUCUAUGAGGACUUGAUUCAGCGUUUGGUGGAACUCUCAUCUGAAGAGAAUAUCUUCCUUGCACACCCAUGUCGCGACAAUGUGCUGUAUCUCUUGCGGCUCGUCGAUGAGAUGCUUGUCCGUGAAUUUGGCAGUAGGCUCCUGUUUCCGGCAAAUAGUACUGAUUUUUCAGAGGAUUUAUCACAACUUGAAAACCGGGAGGACCACAAUUUGGGUUUAGAUGAGAGUUUCCAACGAUUGUUGACAGAAGAAACCUCUAGAAAUACAGAAAGUCAGCACUCUUGCACCACAAUAACUGAACUUAUGACGAAUGAAAGAUGGUGGAAUUUGUAUGACAAUUUGUGGAGAAUAAUAUGUGAUAUUAAUGGAAGGGGCCCGGUGAAGAUGUCUCCCAAAUCUUCAGCGACUGGUCCUUCUAUCGGCCAGAGAGCAAGAGGAUUAGUAGAAUCAUUGAAUGUUCCAGCUGCUGAAAUGGCCGCAGUUGUUGUUUCAGGAGGUAUAGGCAGUGCAUUGAGUGGAAAAAUUAACAAAAACGUUGAUAAAGCUAUGCUCCUAAGAUGGGAGAAAUGUCCGCGAAUCGUGUUUAGGCUUGUCACCCUGUAUCUGUGCAUGUCUUCGCUGGAAAAAGCCACUAGAUGUGUGCAGCAGGUGACCUCACUCUUGCCUUCCUUUUUAGCUGCUGAGGAUGAACAAAGCAAGAGCAGGUUGCAUCUCUUUAUUGGGUGUUUGCUUUAUGUAAGAUCCCAGUACGGAAAGUUAGAUGACGGUGCUCGUUUUCAUGUCAUAUCGCACCUGAUACGUGAAACUGUAAUUUGCGGAAAGUCCAUCCUGGCUACCAGUGGUAUGAGUAAGGAUGACAGCUCUGAUUCUGGUGGAAUCUUCAAAGAAAUGGGCUCUAUCCAGAAUCUUAUCCACAAAGACCGUGUGCUUGCUGCGGUCACUGAUGAAACGACGUACAUGAAAACACUGAUAUCCGAUCGUACUCGUCAAGUGCAAGCCCUUGGUGAAAGGAAUAAUGAAAUAUUGUCUUUAGAAUGCAACAGCAAGAAAGCUUUUGAUGACGAGCUCCAAAGCGUUUUAAAAACUGUUCUUACAUGGGAUGAAAAUAGACGAGUUGCAGCGCAAUUAAGCCAUGAAGAGCAACAGCAAAAUGUUACUGAGAGAUGGAUUCACAUGCUACGAUCUUUGAUGGAUGAAAGAGGUCCUUGGUCUGCAACUCCUUUUCCUAAUAACAUUUUAAACCACUGGAAACUCGACAGGACAGAAGAUUCUUGGAGGCGUAGACCAAAGUUGAGACGGAAUUAUCAUUUUGACGAAAGGCUGUGUCAUUCACCUUCUACUUCCACUGCCACUGAAAAUGAGUCUCCAAACGUCAUCAAUGAAAGCAAGUCCGGUGUGAUACAUUUACCUGAACAGAUGAAGAGGUUUUUACUAAAAGGCAUUCGCAGGAUAACUGAUGAGGGUGGCUCAGAAUCCUGUGAGAAUGACAGUAGUCAAAGUGAGCAAAGUUUAUUGGAUACUGCUGCAGAUAUCCAGUUUUCUGAGCUUGUAAGAAGCAGCGGUGAUCUCAAGGAUGUUGUACAAGAUAAAGUAGAUGCCUCUUCUUUAGAAGUUGAUAACAGCGAGGUUUUGACAUCUGUUCCUUGUGUUCUUAUAACUCCGAAGAGGAAACUGGCUGGUUGGUUGGCAGUUAUGAAAAAUGUUUUGCAUUUCUCUGGGGAAUUUUUGGUGGAAGGAACUGGUGGAUCAUCUGUAUUCAAGAAUUUUAGCACUUUAAAGGGUAGUGAUGUAACAAAGUCUGACAAUAAACAGAACCUCGUUAAAUUGUCUUCACCUUAUGAGAGUGAGACAUUAGAUUUGGAGUCAGAAAAAAAUAAUCAGAAACCGUUAAAGAAGGUUAAGCGUCACAGAAGAUGGAAAAUAGGAAAGGUGAAAAGUGUUCAUUGGACGCGGUAUUUGCUUCAAUACACAGCUCUGGAGAUUUUCUUCCAGGAAUCUGUGCCACCAGUCUUUCUAAAUUUUGCAUCAUUAAAGAAUGCGAAGGAGGUCGGGAUGUUAGUAGUUUCUACCAGGAAUGAAUUCCUGUUUCCGAAGAAUGUUGCUAGGGACAGGGCAGCAAUGAUUUCGUUUGUUGACAGACGUGUAGCUAUUGAGAUGGCAGAAACAGCCAGAGACAGAUGGAGAAGGAGAGAGAUUACAAACUUUGAAUACUUAAUGAUUCUCAACACCCUUGCAGGCAGAUCUUAUAAUGAUUUGACUCAGUAUCCUGUUUUCCCUUGGGUGGUGGCUGAUUACUCAUCCGAGACUCUUGAUUUUAGCAAAGCAUCUACCUUUCGCGAUCUUUCUAAACCGGUUGGAGCUUUAGAUUCAAGAAGAUUUGAGAUUUUUGAGGACAGAUACCACAGCUUCUCGGAUCCUGAUAUACCUAGUUUCUAUUACGGGUCCCAUUAUUCAAGUAUGGGAAGUGUUUUGUAUUACCUUUUGAGGUUAGAGCCGUUUACAUCUCUUCAUCGUAGUCUGCAGGGUGGUAAAUUUGAUCACGCAGAUCGUCUUUUUCAAAGUAUUGAGGGGACAUAUCGGAAUUGUCUGUCCAAUACAAGCGAUGUGAAAGAAUUGAUCCCUGAGUUCUUUUACAUGCCUGAAUUUCUGGUGAAUUCGAACUCUUACCAUCUUGGAGUGAAACAAGACGGUGAACCUCUUGGAGAUAUUUGUCUACCUCCAUGGGCUAAGGGUUCUCCAGAGAUGUUCAUCGCUCGUAACAGAGAAGCCCUAGAGAGCGAGUACGUUAGCUCACAUCUCCAUGAUUGGAUUGAUUUGAUAUUUGGACACAAACAGCGUGGCAAACCAGCUGUGGAGGCAGCAAAUAUCUUUUAUUAUCUUACAUAUGAAGGUGCUGUUGACGUAGAAAAUAUGGAAGACGAACUGCAAAUAUCAGCAAUUGAAGAUCAGAUUGCUAAUUUUGGUCAAACUCCGAUCCAAAUCUUCCGGAAGAAACAUCCGAGAAGAGGACCACCUAUUCCAAUUGCACAUCCCUUGUCCUUUGCGCCUGCUUCCAUUAAUUUGACUUCUAUACUUCCCGCUACAACUAAUCCCCCAUCAGCAGUUCUAUACGUUGGUGUAGUAGAUUCAAAUAUAGUUCUCGUUAACCAAGGUCUCACUUUGUCAGUCAAAAUUUGGCUGACAACUCAACUACAUUCUGGUGGAAAUUUUACCUUUUCAAGCUCUCAGGAUCCAUUCUUUGGAGUUGGUUCUGAUGUUCUCUCUCCCCGUAACAUUGGAAGUCCCCUAGCAGACAAUGUUGAACUUGGCUCACAGUGCUUUGUCGCAAUGCAAACACCUCUGGAGAACUUUCUGGUUUCAUGCGGGAACUGGGAGAACAGUUUUCACGUCAUAUCCUUGACUGAUGGACGGGUAGUCCAGAGCAUCCGACAUCAUAAAGACGUCGUAAGCUGUGUUGCAGUAACUGCUGAUUCGAGUAUCCUUGCAACUGGCAGCUACGAUACGACCGUGAUGGUAUGGGACAUUCUCCGCAUGAGAACACCUGAAAAGAGGGUUAGAAACGUGCACGCAGAAGCACUGCGGAGAGAUAUCGUCAUCGCGGAUGCUCCUUCUCAUAUUCUUUGUGGUCAUGACGAUAUAAUAACCUGCUUAUAUGUCAGCACUGAUCUUGAUAUAGUCAUCAGUGGGUCAAAAGAUGGAACAUGUGUGUUCCACACAUUACGGGAAGGAAGAUACAUAAGAUCCUUAAAACACCCUUCAGGCAGUGCAGUCUCCAAGCUCGCUGCAUCGCACCAUGGACGGAUUGUUCUGUACGGUGAUGAUGAUCUUAGUCUUCACCUCUACUCCAUUAACGGAAAACAUCUGGCGAGCUCCGAGUCAAACGGACGCAUCAACUGUCUUGAACUUAGUAAGUGCGGAGAGUUCUUGGUUAGUGCAGGUGACCAAGGACAAAUAGUUGUGCGGUCUAUGAACACACUUGAAGUAGUAAGAAGGUAUAACGGAGCAGGGAAAGUAAUCACAUCUCUGACUGUAACUCAGGAAGAGUGUUUCUUAGCAGGGACAAAAGAUGGAGCACUUCUUGUUUACUCGAUCGAGAAUACUCAACAUCGGAAACGGAUUUGAUUGGCACUUGGAAGCUAUGUUCUGUUAUGUAAAUUUGUGUCCCAUUGUUCCAUUGGUUUAAGCGAUGAUGGUUCUAGAGUUGUGGCUAAUCUUGUGUUCUGCAGAGGGGACUUUACACACUUUUUCACUGCCUUUGUAAAUGUGCAAUAUAUCUCAUCUUAACAGCUCAAGAUGCAUAGACAAUGUAAGAGGUGUUAAUUGAUUGUAACAGUACCAUAGAUAUAUAUGCCUUGGAUGCGUUUAAAGAGGUUAUACGAUUUGUAUACAUCAUUACUCGGAGAUCAAAGUGAGAAUACUAUUACCUCUUUCG